GCUCUGUACCCGAGGCGGGUUUUGUCAUAUUAACCAGAGUAACAGUUGACGGAUGACGGCACUUACUGGAGCACCGGGAUGGGAAUAUUUACUACAACGCUUGGACUGGUCGGUUCAUUGGAUAAGAGACACAGGACAUUUCUAGUAUAUCCAUCUUAUGUUUCGUUAUCCGGCCGUUUGAUUCAGCUUAGUCCAAGUAUCGACCGCGGAAAGAGGGGCGUAGGAUCUCCCCCGUCUCCUUUUCAACGCGCAAAGAAAGAAAGAUUAUUCAGAUUGGAGGAAGGCAUUGACCGUAAAGCGGGGUAAGCUUCCCUCAUGGAUUCGUAAGCCCGAAGACGAA